AUGGACUGCCCUCGCUUACCACGGCGGCCCCGGCCGCCUGUGGCUUGCCUUGCGCUUGCUGCUGUAGCGGUGGUGACCUUGGGCGGUAGAUGGCCACUUGCAGGGCUGGCAGUGCGUGAUCCACGAGCCGAAGAGUCUGCGAGUCAAAAGGUCGCAGCAACUGCCGGUGGCACCUGUGGCGAGGCCCUGGUGGCGGGGCAGCAGCGCUUCGAAAGCGCCAGACAGCAAUGGCUGGGUGACUGCACCUCCCAGCGUCCCAUUCUGCUGGGCUCCCUGGCGGAGCAGACAGAACUCUUCGCGCUGAACGCCUUCGAUCAGGUGGCCGGCCAGUCCUGUCAAGCAGAACGAAAAGCUUUGCAAGAUGCCAUCCGGAAAGACGUGCUGUACAUCUUUCAGCUGCAGCGUGUCAUCGCCGAACGCCAAGCACUUGAGGAGCUGAAUCGCAAACUCGUCAAGAAGAUGACCCAGCGCGGUGGACCUUUGAGGAUCCAAGAGAAGAUCGAUCUGCUGCAGCAGGAAGUGGAGGCCUAUAAAUCCUCGGUGCAGCGGCUGCUGCCGUCCUGGGCCAGCGACAUGGGCGACCCCGCGCAGCAGAGCGCGGAACGACAUCUGGGGGAGCUGCAGUUCACCAUCGAGGAGAGCGCUGAAGGUCAAGCCCUGCAAAAGCAGUGGGAAGACCAGAGAUUACAGGACCUCAUGAGCCGCCGUGCCUAUGGGGUCUCGGUCUCCUUGGAUCCGGCUCUGCGGGUGCUGAUUCGCCCUGAGGGCAUCGGAAAUCUGCAGGUCUUCUCCGAAGGACCUUUGGGCCCUCCCAGCCACCCUGCGGAUAUGAACUUGGGCAUCAUGAACGAUGGUUCCAUCGCAGAUGUCUACCGUGAACACCCCGUGUCUCGAAUGGAAUCUGGUGCCACCCUUCUUGUCGGUGCAGCCAGCGGUGAAUGUGAACUUGAACCUGCGCUGAGUUGGGCCGGAUGUGGCUGGCACCGGGCGUUGGGGGGCAUGGCCCUGGUGCGUUUCGUCUACGCCCGCUGCGGCGCCCAGCUCGCGCCGACGGCCGCCGUCAACGCGGCGGCGUCUGCGUUACCGCGGCGGCUGAGGGCGUCGGAGGAGGAGGGCCUGCGACGAGCGGUGCAGGACAGCUGGCCUGCCAUCAUCUCUCCUGAGGCUACAGGUGCAUUGCCCAGUGAUUUCUUGCAGCAGCUGCCAAAGUUGCAGCAAUUGCGCGAGCUCUGCGGCCAUCGUCAGGUCACUGUGCGCUUGCCAAAGGCGCGUUUCGCCUCCUUUCCCCGCUGGCUCUCGCGGCAUUUCGACGGCUUCGCGUGGCCUGCGGCGGAGCGACGGACCUUUGGAGACGUGCGAAAGAAGAUGCCGUACGAAGACGUCGACGUCUUGGACCUCAAAGACGUGAUCGACGAGUUCUGCAACGUGCGGGCGGACAACCCGCGGUUCUAUGCAGCCAGCGUUCCUUUGGCCAGGGAUCUGCCAGAGUUGGCGGAACAGCUCGGUCCACUGCGCGAGGCUUUGGAGGAAGCCUUGCACCUGUCGGUAGGGCCACCCGUGCCCAAUGCACCGGUGAUGUAUUUGGGUGCAGGUGAGCAGCGCACUCCUCUGCACUGUGACCCUACCGAGAACAUCACCUUGGUGUUGGAGGGUACCAAGCUCUUCCGCCUCUUCCCGCCGCAUGCCGCGCCCUUCUUGAAACCACUGGGAGGGUUGUUUGCGGCUGCUUCCUGCUGGUUGAGCGGAGUGGUCCCUGCCGUCUACUGCGCCAGGGAUGCCUUCGCCACGUUGCCCGAAGGCACCCCUGAGCCGCUGGAUUUGGAGCUAAAGCCAGGUGAUGCACUAUACCUGCCGUGUGGCUGGUGGCAUGCUGUGGUGGGAUCCAAGGAGCCAAACAUGGCCAUUGUCUUCGGAUAUGCACCCAGUGAGACAAAGGGCGCUCGCUACUUUGGUGCACAACCGCAACGGCCACCAGAGCUGAAAAUGGCGUGCGAAGGAAACGGCGCUCCAACAUUGGCGGAGAGAUCUCCUUCACCUCGAGAUGAUGGCCACUGGGCCACUGGGCAUCCCGGCUCGCAGAACACGCAGGCAGCAAAUCUGUGCACUCGCUCCAUGUUUCUGCAUCGCUGCAACCAAAAGAGGCUAGGCCGACGUUGCUGGAGGCGGGGUCAGAUUCAGGGCACUGAUCAGCAUGGAACGGGCUGGUACUCAGGGCCCCGGAGCGUCGGCGUGGAUACCAAAAAGGAUCUGCUUCGACGCAUCUUGGUCAUCUUCCACGUCAUCUACCACCACAUCAUCAAAGGCGUUCCAAUGUGGCCGUUCAGCAGUGCCUUCCAUGGAAAUUUCCAGGAGCGUCAGGAGGCUUUGUUGGUGAAGCAGCGCCGCGGCAAUGCCACGCGCGCCUCGCGUUCGGCGGUGCCUAUGGAGGAGAUGCAGGCAGAAGGCGACGAGUUACGCUCCGCCGCCGGCAGCGUGUGCAGCAAGGCCCCUUCGUUGCAUCCCUCCGUGGCCACUUCCAUCGGCCUCUCCGAGUCUACGCUGGGGGCUGGAGAUGACACGGCCUAUUGGGAUUUUCAACACCGCAAGGUGGAGAAGAAGGACUUGGGUCACAAGUGCUUCGAAUGCAAAGAGACGUUCAAAGCGCUGGGCGCGGCUCUCACCGAACGACGUGGCGGCCGAGUGUCAAUGAGAUACCAUGGCGAAUGUUUUUCUGGCUUUGCUGAUCCUCGAUCCCAGGCCCGUUCCUCACACCACGAGGGGCGGCUGGCACAGUCCCAACUGCACGCGGCACCGCAGGAGGUCACAUCAAAGAUGCGCACUGCCAAACACUUCGAGCAGGGUGGACGCGUUGCUUCCAGCAUUGGUGGCAAGUUCGGCACAAUGAUGGCCAUGGGCCACAACUCCUUCGGCUCCAAAUCUUCCAAGGGCAAGGUGCAGGUGCCACAACGAGCACCGGGCAAUCUCACGGAGGAGCACCUGGCUGCACACGACAAGCAGCUGCAGGCGAUCGAUGAGGACACGGAGUUGCCAUAG